AUAAUAAUAUUGCAUCUUCUUCUUCUUCUUUCACUUUUUUUUUAUGUAUACAUAUAGAUACUAUAUAUAUAUAUAUAAAUAUAUUGUUUCUUUCUGAUAAAAGAGAGGCUUUUUCUCCCACUAUCGACGGUUUUCAUUAGAAGCACAUGAAUGAGGAUUGGAUGGAUAUGGAUGGAUGCCCUUUUAUUUUCUUUAAAAGUCCCAAUCAAGAGUCGAAUACCAAUAACAACUAUUUCAGCGUAUAACAAGAAGAAAAAUACAAAGAUGAUGCUCUCGCAAUGUGUAUAUAUCUAAGCGUCUGUUGCAAGGUUGUUUUUGCUUGAGUUGAAUUGCUUAUUUAAGACCAAGUUCCCCAACCUCCUCUUCUGCAUUCAAUAACUCUCUACUGCUCCAUUAAGUAUUCUGAAUUCCAGGUGAAAUAUACUUAGAUGGCUUCAACAGUUCAUUCAAAUGCUGAAGGUAAAGAAGAGAUGGACAUAAUAAGGAGUACCCCAAGUGACCGAUAUAUUCCCAAAGUUUCAGUUCCUUCAAAGCAAAACCUCUUCAAGGAGUUCAAAAACACUGUCAAAGAAACCUUCUUUGCUGAUGACCCUUUACGUCCAUUCAAGGAUCAGUCCAAGUCUAAAAAAUUCAUCCUUGGAGUGCAGACCAUUUUCCCCAUCUUUGAAUGGUCUAGAGAUUAUAGUCUUAAAAAAUUUAGGGGAGAUCUUAUUGCUGGACUCACUAUUGCAAGUCUCUGCAUUCCUCAGGAUAUUGGGUACUCAAAACUUGCAAAUUUGGCUCCACAGUAUGGAUUGUACUCCAGCUUUGUUCCACCACUGAUCUAUGCUUUUAUGGGAAGCUCAAGAGAUAUAGCCAUAGGACCAGUGGCUGUGGUAUCUCUCUUACUUGGUACCCUGCUUCAGAAUCAAGUCGAUCAUACUACACAUCCAGCUGAAUAUCUGAGACUUGCAUUUACAGCUACUUUUUUUGCUGGGAUAACCCAAGCAACUCUUGGGAUUUUGAGAUUAGGUUUCUUGAUUGAUUUCCUAUCCCAUGCUGCUAUUGUUGGUUUUAUGGGUGGUGCUGCCAUCACCAUUGCCCUCCAACAGCUUAAGGGAUUUCUUGGCAUAAAAAAGUUCACAAAGAAAACUGAUAUCAUCUCAGUGAUGCAUUCAGUAGUUGACUCAGCCCAUCAUGGGUGGAAUUGGCAGACCAUAGUCAUAGGAGGGGUGUUUUUAACCUUUCUUCUAGUCGCUAAAUUCAUCGGAAAGAAGAACAAAAAACUCUUCUGGGUGCCUGCAAUAGCUCCAUUGAUAUCAGUUAUUUUGUCCACUUUUUUUGUGUACAUAACCCAUGCAGAAAAGCAAGGAGUUGAAAUAGUGAAACAUAUAGAGAAAGGAAUCAGCCCUUCAUCCUUUAAUCAAAUAUACUUCACUGGAGAAUAUCUCAUCAAAGGCUUUAAGAUUGGGGUUGUGGCUGGCGUGAUUGCGUUAACGGAAGCUAUAGCUAUUGGAAGAACAUUUGCUUCCAUGAAGGAUUAUCAACUUGAUGGAAACAAGGAAAUGGUGGCACUUGGAACCAUGAACGUUAUUGGCUCAAUGACUUCCUGCUAUGUGACAACAGGUUCAUUCUCUCGCUCGGCAGUCAAUUACAUGGCUGGAUGCCAAACUGCAGUCUCUAAUAUUGUGAUGUCCUUCGUUGUGUUCCUAACACUGAUGUUCAUCACACCUCUUUUCAAGUACACUCCCAACGCCAUCCUAGCCGCCAUCAUUAUAUCCGCUGUGCUCAAUCUAAUCGAUUUUCAGGCUGCAAUCCUGAUAUGGAAGAUUGACAAGUUUGAUUUCGUGGCUUGCAUGGGAGCCUUCUUUGGUGUUGUAUUCUCAUCUGUUGAGAUUGGUCUCUUAAUUGCGGUCGUCAUAUCCUUUGCUAAAAUUCUGUUACAAGUUACUAGACCACGGACCGCAACUCUUGGAAAGAUCCCUAGAACAACUGUGUACAGAAACAUCCAACAAUAUCCUGAAGCAACUAAGGUUCCAGGCGUUUUGAUUGUCAGAGUUGAUUCAGCAAUUUACUUUUCGAACUCUAAUUAUGUUAGAGAAAGAAUAUUGAGAUGGUUGGGCGAUGAAGAAGAACUACUUAAAGCAGCUGAUCUACCACCUAUUCACUUCUUGAUAGUCGAAAUGUCACCUGUUACUGACAUUGACACCAGUGGUAUCCAUGCCUUGGAAGAGUUGUAUAGGAGUCUCCAAAAGAGAGACAUUCAACUUGUUCUUGCAAAUCCUGGUCCUGUGGUGAUUGACAAACUUCAUGCAUCCAAGUUUACGACUUUGAUUGGCGAGGACCGAAUCUUCCUCACUGUCGCGGACGCAGUGGCAGCCUGUUCUCCAAAAUUGCUGGAAGAAGUUUAGCAACAACAAACACACAUGAACUGUUGAUAGUUUGUUGAUCAUAUAUCAGAUGCUUGAACACGAUGAGUAGUUGAAUUGUGAAGGAAUUACAAUAAGCAUUAUGAAGGUGGUCAAUGGAGGGUCAUGUGCCUUAAUUCCAAUAGAAGAAGAAAAAUAACAACGUGUACAAUUAAUUGUACACUUCCACUAAAAGCAUGCAUGGAUUUAAUGUAACUUGCAAAAGUGUACGUAGAAUUGAACUGUAGGAGCCAUCUAAAGCUGUCUACAUACUUGAGUUUAUGUUACCUAUAUAGUUUAUAUAUAUAAGUCAUAACCUCGAGGGUUUUCACAGA